ACGCUCGGCAUGGAGUUCACGGCCAUCGACUACAGCAUCUUCGCGCUGCUCCUCGUGCUCUCCUCCGCCAUCGGGCUCUUCUACGCGCUGAGCGGCGACCGGCAGCGCACGGUGCAGGAGUUCCUGCUGGCCAACCGUGACAUGGGCUGCCUGCCCGUGGCCCUGUCCCUGCUCGCCUCCUUCCAGUCGGCCGUGGCCAUCCUGGGCGUGCCCGCAGAGAUCUUUCGCUUCGGCACCGAGUACUGGUUCCUGGGCUGCUCCUACUUCCUGGGGCUGCUCAUCCCCGCGCACAUCUUCAUCCCCAUCUUCUACCGCCUGCGCAUCACCAGCACCUACGAGUACCUGGAGCUGCGCUUCAACAAGACCGUGCGGGUGUUUGGCACCAUCACCUUCAUCUUCCAGAUGGUCAUCUACAUGGGGGUGGUGCUCUACGCUCCUGCCCUGGCGCUCAACGCAGUGACGGGCUUCGACCUCUGGAGCGCGGUGCUGACCAUGGGGCUGGUCUGCACCCUCUACACUACCCUGGGUGGCCUGAAGGCCGUCAUCUGGACAGAUGUGUUCCAGACGCUGGUGAUGCUGGCGGGGCAGGUGGCCGUCAUCGUGGUGGGCGCCUGGCGGGUGGGGGGCAUGGCCCGAGUGUGGCGCGUGGCCGAGGAGCAGGGCAAGAUCGCCGGCAUCGACCUGGACCCCAGCCCCCUGGAGCGCCACACCUUCUGGUCGCUGUCUGUGGGCGGGAUCUUCAUGAUGCUGUCGCUGUACGGGGUGAACCAGGCGCAGGUGCAGCGCUACCUGUGCGCCCGCAGCGAGCGCGAGGCCAAGCUCUCCUGCUACGCCGUGUUCCCCUGCCAGCAGAUCGUGCUGUGCCUCAGCUGCCUCACCGGCCUCGUCAUGUUCGUGUAUGACCGGGAGCACCCGCUGGCGCCCGGCCAGCGCCCUGCCUCCUAUGACCAGCUGGUGCUGUUCUUCGUGAUGGACGUGCUGCGGGACCUGCCGGGGCUGCCCGGGCUCUUUGUUGCCUGCCUCUUCAGCGGCGCCCUCAGCACCAUCUCCUCUGCCUUCAACUCGCUGGCCACCGUGACCAUGGAGGACCUGGUGCGGCCGCACCUCCCCGGGCUCUCGGAGUCGCGGGCCACGCUGCUCUCCAAGCUGCUGGCUCUCGGCUACGGGCUGCUCUGCCUGGGGAUGGCGUACGUGUCCUCCAUGCUGGGACCCGUGCUGCAGGCAGCCAUCAGCAUCUUCGGCAUGGUGGGGGGCCCGCUCCUGGGGCUCUUCUGCCUCGGCAUGUUCUUCCCCUGCGCCAACCCCACCGGAGCCGUGGUGGGGCUGCUGGCCGGACUGGCCAUGGCCUUCUGGGUGGGCAUUGGCAGCUUCCUGCAGAGCACACAGGGGGCCGAGGGGGUGCCCCCGGCCAACAGCACAGCACUCCCCACCGUGGGCAACCUCAGCACUGUCCUGGCCACCACGCUGCUGCCCCCCACCUCAGCACCGCCCCCGAGCCCCACGGGGCUGCAGCGUUUCUACAGCCUGUCCUACAUGUGGUACAGUGCCCACAACUCCACCACCGUCAUCCUGGUGGGGCUGCUGGUCAGCCUGCUCACGGGCCCCACGCCGGCCGCAGCCCUGGACCCCCGCACCAUCUCCCCCGUGCUGCCCUGGCUGCUCUGCUGCCUGCCCCCCAAAAUCCGCCACUGGCUCUGCUGCGGGGGAGCCGACCCUGCCCAGGCCCCCGGCCAUGGGAACAUCUCAGAGAAGAGCCACGGGGUGCCCAACGGGGUGUCCCCCCCCGGCCCCGAGCUGCAAGGGGACGAGGGACAGGGCUACGUGCGCAGCGCCGCCGGGCCCCUCUACGCCGUGCAGGAAACCUCCUUCUGAUGGCCCAGCACGGGGGUCCCGGGCGCCCCCUGCUCGGGAACCCUCUGGGGCAUCCUCACAGAGCCGAGGAACCGCCCGAGGCUGCUGGGCUGCCCCGCCCGGGGCUCUGGGACCACGGCCGGGGGGGGUCGGAGCGGUGCCCCCCGCCCUGUCCAGGCCGGGACGUUGUGCGGUACCCCCGGCCCAGCCACGUGCCUUACACACCGCUCCGGGGCCGGGGCUGUGUCCCCACGACCCCUGUCACCUGUCUUUGUGUUCGGUGUUCCCCAAUAAAUGCUUCUGGGGCAAAGACGCUGCAGC